AUGCCAAUGCACCAAGAGGAAUUGACGGAUAUUUAUAUACAUCUGAAGGAUAUUUUAAAGACACUCUCACAGACACCUGUUGACCGAGAGUUUUAUGCCGAUGGGCUCAUCAAUGAUAUGAUCAAAAUAAAAGAGAUUUUAGAGGAA